CCCUCCUUCCCUCUCCCCCCGGACCGGACAGCACGCUGCAGGACGAGACGAGACAGGAGCGAGGAUGCGCUUUUAACAAGACACCGCAAGCAUCACGUCACGGAGAAGUCUUUUUGUCGAGCAGGCAGAACAAACCAGAGGUUAAUAACAGAACGAGAAAACAAGGACGGAAAAAGUUUGCAUUCUUCAUGCGCUGGAGCUGAAGUUGUUUUGUUUUGUUUUGUAUUGUUUCGUUUAUGUUUUUUCCCGAAAAAAAAUCUGGAACGUUUUCUUGACUCACGUGUACGCAUGGGACAAAAACUCAACGCUGGACCCUUCACGAUAUCCUCAACAUCCCUGCUUUUCUGAAAUCGUUCUCCUUUUGUGUGUGUGUGUGCAGCAGGGCUCACGAAGUUUGGAUUCGAUGGCCGUGUGUGUGAUAGCACGAGCUGGCUAAGACACGUCCAGAUAUCACCGUCUCCUCACCAGUACAACCUCACAGCUUUUCCGAUACAUGACCAGAUAUUCUAUCGUGUGGUGCGCAAAGUUUCUCCAGGUGAAGAACUCGUACUGUUCAUGAAGGCUGAAGAGUUUUCAUGUGAAGCCAUGGCUCCAGAUAUACACGAGGAGCGUCAGUUCCGCUGUGAAGACUGUGAGCAGCUUUUCCCAUCAGGCUCUGAGCUGCUGGAGCAUCAGAACCACUCGUGUCCCAAACGGCCCUCGUCCGGCUUCACGCUGCCCGAGCAGGCCGUCCCGAGUGCCACUGACGAGUGUAAAGAAUGUGAGAGAGUGUUUCCUGAUGUUCAGAGCCUGGAGGCACACUCCCUCUCGCACUCAGAAGAGCGUGAGUACAAAUGUGACCAGUGCCCAAAGGCCUUCAACUGGAAGUCCAACCUGAUUCGCCACCAGAUGUCACAUGACAGCGGCAAGCACUACGAAUGUGAAAACUGCUCCAAGCAGGUGUUUACAGACCCAAGUAACUUGCAGAGACACAUCCGCUCGCAGCACGUUGGUGCCCGGGCUCACGCCUGCCCCGACUGCGGUAAAACAUUCGCCACGUCGUCCGGCCUCAAGCAGCACAAACACAUCCACUCGUCCGUCAAGCCCUUCAUGUGUAAGUCUCUCACCCCCUUCAUAUGCGAGGUGUGCCACAAGUCCUACACCCAGUUUUCAAACCUAUGCAGGCACAAGCGCAUGCAUGCGGACUGUCGGACUCAGAUCAAGUGCAAAGACUGUGGCCAGAUGUUUAGCACCACUUCUUCCCUCAACAAACACCGCCGCUUCUGCGAAGGCAAAAACCAUUUUGCUGCAGCCACAGGAGGGCUCUUUGGCCCUGGCAUGGCUCUUCCUGGCACUCCAGGAAUGGACAAGUCGACUCUUGGAAUGGGUCCAGGUUCUGCUGGUUUGGCAGAUUAUUUUGGUCCAAAUCGACACCAUGGUGGUCUAACGUUUCCAGCAGCCCCUGCAGCAUUCCCCUUCAGUUUUCCAGGACUCUUCCCAUCAGGACUGUACCACCGGCCACCCCUCAUCCCCGCUACAACUCCCAUAAAAAGCCCACCAACUUUGGAAUUCCAGAAGAGUCCACCAUUAUCCUCGCCUGUUACUGGGAUGCAGGAGUCCCAGGACCUCCUGAUGAGUCUCCGAAAGCACUCGAUGAACGGGGAAGGAACAGAAAAUGGGCCAGACUAUCUGAUAGAAGGCUCUGCCACCAAAAUGAGAAACGGUAUCAAGACGAGUGACCAUUCAGAGAGCAGUGAUCUGGAUGAUGUUAGCACACCAAGUGGAAGUGAGUUAGAGAGUACGUCUGGGUCAGAACUGGACAGCGAUGGUGAGAGUGAUCGGGAUCGAGAAAGAGAUCGGGAAAAUGGGAAAGGACCAAAGAGGAGAUCCGGUAGUCCUAUCAUGGGGCAAAGCCCUGCCCAUGGCAGCUCUGGCAAUGGAAGCGCUGGCAACAUAAAUGGAACCGACUUGCCUUCACAAGCGGUUUUUUCUCCCACUUCGGAUGAGCGCACUGCUGUUUCUGGAGCUGUCAAUGAUUCCAUCAAAGCUAUUGCAUCCAUUGCAGAGAAAUACUUUGGCUCAACAGGACUGGCAGGACUGCACACUAAAAAAGGGGACCCACUAGGAUACCCCGCCAUGUUUCCUCUCCCAUUCUUUCCUGCAUUCUCUUCUCCAGUCUACCCUUUCCAUGAGAGGGAGCAUCUUCGACCGCAAGGCCACAAAGUGGAGCCAGAGAGCUCAUCACAAGAGAGCAAAAAGCCACGAGGCAGUAAGGCAGAAUCUCCCUUCGACCUCACUACCAAGCGCAAAGAGGAGCGCCUGGCACAGACCUUUGCCACAUCAAAGCUGGAGGUCACCCAUAUACUUUCAGGCAAUCAGGACCAACCACUGGACUUGAGUUUGGGAGGGCGGAGCCGAAGCACACGCCUUAAAUCGGGGGAUUCACAGAAGAACCACAUCAUUGGAGAGGACAGAAUUGAGACAGAGCCUCCGAAAGCAGACUCUGCCAUCCAGCAUGCGAGACCCACCCCCUUCUUUAUGGACCCGAUCUACAGCAGGGUUGAGAAGAGAAAAGCGACAGAUCCAUUUGAGGCGCUGAAAGAAAAGUAUAUGCGCCCAACACCAGGCUUCCUUUUCCACCCACAGCUCCGCAUGCCGGAUCAGAGGACCUGGAUGUCAGCGAUAGAAAACAUGGCAGAGAAACUGGAAGCAUUUGGGCCGCUGAAGUCAGACUCCGGUGACAUCAUGCGCUCGGUGCCCUCCAUGUUUGAUUUCCGAGCUCCGGCUACGACGCUGCCUGAAACACUGCUGCGUAAAGGCAAAGAACGCUACACGUGCAGAUACUGCGGCAAAAUAUUCCCACGCUCAGCUAACCUCACACGGCAUCUCAGAACACACACAGGGGAGCAGCCAUACAGGUGUAAGUAUUGUGAUCGUUCGUUCAGCAUCUCGUCGAAUCUGCAGCGUCACAUCAGGAACAUCCACAACAAAGAGAAACCCUUCAAAUGUCACCUGUGUGACCGCUGCUUUGGUCAACAGACCAACCUGGACAGGCAUCUGAAAAAACACGAGAAUGGUAAUCUGUCAGGCACAGCAAUGUCGUCGCCACAGUCAGAGCUGGACAGCAGCAGCGCCAUUCUGGAUGAUAAAGAGGACUCGUACUUCAACGAGAUUCGCAAUUUCAUCAGCAGCAGUGGCCAAAGUGCUGGCUCACCUCCACACUCUGACGAGGGCUUAAACAGCAGCCAUUUCGAGGACAACAAAACCGACAACAAUCAUAGGUCACAUGACCUGGAUGAGGAGGAAGGGGAGGAGCCUGGUGUUGAGGAAGAGGAAGCAGAACUUUGUGAUGCCAACAAAUCGGCGUCUUGUAACCUAGUCGACGACGUCGGCACCGACGUCAAUGACGACGAGCUGGACUACGACGGUGAAACCAAAGGACUGCUGGACUGCAAAUCUUCACCACAGAGGUUUGAUGAAGAGGAGGAGGAGGAAGAACAUGGUGUAUUUCCGGCAUUGGAUCGUAUCCGCCACUUCAGCACUGAAGAGGCGGAGCUUAGUGAUGGAGAUAUCACAGGCUUUGACUCCGCCCACCUGUCUGAGCCGGUGAAGCAGCCACUGUACAGGAAGUCCAAAUCCCAGGCUUAUGCCAUGAUGUUAUCUCUGGCAGAUAAAGAUCCUCUGCCUCCUUCCUCUCACACCGCCUCAGUGUGGCACACCCUCGGACGCACAGCUGAGUCCAACGCCAUCCAAUCCCUCAGUCACGUAUGAUGUCCUUUACAUCUGAUCCCUGUGACCUCUGAACCCCAACCACAGGCACUCGGACCAAACUCGGGCUCCGUCAGGCACAGCUCAUAAACUGCUGAGUAGAGCGCUCUGUUCUUCUGAAAACACUAAUGUCAGGGUCCAUGGAGUGCACACACACACAGACACACACACACAGACACACACACACACACACACACACAGACACACACACACACACACACACACACACACAAGGUAUCCAGUGACAUUAAUCGUUACAUAAUCUGACAUUACGCAUAUUACACAUUUUAUUCCAAUCAAUGAUUUUUUUAAUGAUGCUGAUUUACAGUAUAAAACAAAUAUCUCAAUGAUGAUGAUGAUGAUGAUGAUGAUGAAGUCAUGCAAAAUUGUAUUUAUUCUCUCCAGUUUCUAUGUUUUGCACAGCAACGGCAGCUCGUGAACAGGGAAAAGGGUUCAUUAUAAGUGUAACACUAUGAUAUUACCAUAUAUAUUUUUCCAUUGUGUCACUUAAGGGGCCCUUGUGAGUCUUCCAUAUAAAAAAAUAAAGACACACACACACACACACACACACACACACACAAAGAUCUUCAGUCCAUGUUGGUCGUAUUUGAGAGGUUUUGAUUUUUUAUUAAUAUAUUUGUUUUUAUUAUUGUCUUUUAAAGCCUGUUACACACACACACACACACACACACACACACACACAUAGUUACUAAUGACAUUCCCUUUACUCCAGAAUAAUCCACAACAACCUUUUGAAGGGCAGUUAGGACUUUGGCUGGUGUGUAAAUUCAUUGUAAUAUAUAUAUUAAAAGUCUGGACUGGUCACAUGGAGGCUCUUACAAAAUAAAAUAAAUAAAUAAAAAAGACAUUAAGAGAACGGUGGGUGUGUGGACUGUUCUCUGAUUCUGUCAUUUAAAGCACUGCAUCUUUAACCUAGUCUCCACUCGGUCUCUCUGCACCGUCCAAUGACGGUCGAGACGCAUUUUCUUUACAUAAAAAGUUUAAAGUGUUUUUUUUUUUGUUUUUUUUUUGGAGACAGGUUGUAAAAAGAAAUCUUUUUUUUCUAAACAGAAAUCCUGUAAAAGUACUGAAGUUUGUAGGAACUUCUACCAUAGUGUUGUUCUUUAACAGACCGACGUUACCACUGCGCAGCCUGCGUGCUAGUAGCUAGCUGUUCCAUCCUCGUGUUUCAUUUCUAGACAAUCAUGAGUUCAUUGUUUCAUGUUGUGUUUUUUUAUCUCUCUUCUAUUCUUGUUGAACUUAUUGUUGUGUAUGUUGAAAGUUGUAUUUAUUUCCAUAGUUUGUUUACUGAAUAGCACUGCUCUUGCGCUCCCCCUUGUGGUGAAGCUGGAGAACACACGUUAUGUCUGCGUGCCAGAUAGUAUUACACCUUCGUCAUGUUUUAUCCUUCUCAUGAAACUGGUCUAUGAUAUAGUUAUUACUUAGGGGUUGUUUGUUUUUUUUUUUGUUUGUUUGUUUUUUGGAUGACACAUUUAUAAUUCAAGUGUAAAAAAAAAAUAAGGAGAGCAUAAAAAUCAAAGAUAUUUCUUCAUUAAAAAAACGCAUGACUGGUCUGGCUUAGAAUUGUAACUUUUGUUUUCUGCAGUUGUGUGCAAGCUUGUGUGAUGUUUGGGUCCUUAUCGAGUCGUCGUGCCAAACUCUAUGAUUUAAUAAAGAAAAAAAAAGAAAAAGGAAAAAAAAGAAAAAGAAAAACGUUUCUUUGUCUUCACACGUUGAAGGACCAGAUGUUUUUUUUGUUGUUGUUGGUUUGUUUGUUGUCAUUGUUUAUAAUUCCAUUUUUAAAUGUAAUUGGCGAGUUGAGGUACUUUUGUUCUGAUGCUUUCUACAAUGUAACUGUAAUGCAUUUCAACUGAGUUAAUGGAGUAAUGUGGGUGGAGCAACUAAAGAAAUAAAGGACUCCGGUGUAGACUUGUGCACGG